AUGGAUAAGGUUCCAUUGGAUGUUAUGCCGCUUGCGCUGGUGGAUUCUCCUAAUGAGAGCUCAGCUGUGCUCCCUGUUUACACGAUAGAAAACUUGAUGAAAAUGAAAUUGACUGAGUUGAGGCCCAUGGCAAAGCAACACAAUAUAUUAAAGAUUUAUAAGCUUAAGAAAGCAGCUUUGGUUGAACAAUUAGUUGAGCGACUCAGCAGCUGCUGA